GUACCUACGGAAGGCAAACAAACCUGUUCUAGCUGCUAGCUAAGAUACCUAGUGGGCAUCGUCAACUCUCACGUAGUGACAUUUUAACGAACUAUUAUACCUGUAUAUGUACUACAUCAUUCCGUUUUGAUCAUGGACUUGAAGGAGAUCCUGUCACGACUUGAAAUCGGCAACGAAGUGGAGAUCGUGAAGGUUCUGCUCCAGUAUAAUCAAGAGAAUAGUCAAACUUUUACAUUUGACAAAAAUGAAGAAAACCUUCAAAUUAAGGUGUGUCGGAGUCUGUUGACGGCACUAGGAACCCAAGAGGGGCCGUGCUGCCAGAGGGCCUCCUUGGAGACCCUCCGCAUCCUGUCCAGGGACAAGCGGGCUCUGGAUCCCGUGGCCACCAGGGAGGGCCUGCUGGUCUUGGCCGGUCUGGCCCAGCUGCCCUCCGCCCAGGACGGCGCUGACCCAGCCGACAGUCUUCAGGAAGACACCCUGACGCCGGAGCAGGAGAGUGUGGUGGUUGAGGCGCUCAAGUGCCUGUGUAACGUGGUGUACAACAGCCCCGCAGCGCAGCAGGUCUGCGCCGACCUGAAGCUGGCACACAGUUUGUGCACGCACCUGCGCAGCCGCUGUGGCCGGCAUGCGGUCGGCCUGUUCUCGCUGCGCCUCCUCUUCCUGCUGACGGCGCUGCGGCCUGACGUGAGGGCCAGCCUGCAGAGCCAGCUGCCCGCCGUGCGGCUGCUCCGGGAGGUCCUCGAGCGCACGCUACAGGUGCGCUGGGUCGGGCCGUACGAGGCCGGGGCCCCGGAGCCAGAGGCCGCACCCCUUCCCACUGAGGACAAUGAGCGAGCCAUGGAGGCCCUGAAGGCCAUGUUCAACCUCACCUUGACGGACCCCGCUGAAGAGGAUGGGCAGCACCAGGUCCGCCUGAUCAUCGGCGUCAUGAGGCACCUCCUGCUGCUGAGGACAGAGACGGAGGAGAAGACGGAGGAGGCUCACAGCCAUGCAGUGAAUCUUCUGAGCAACCUGCCCGCCGCCUGUCUGGACGUGCUGAUCGAUGUUCCUGUUCAGGGAGGCCAGGAGCAGUACGGUGGAAACAACAUGGCCGCCGUCCAAGUGCUCCUGGAUUUCUUGGAGAAGCGGAUCGACAAGCAGGGGUCCAACUAUAAGGAGGGCCUGACGCCGGUUCUCAGCCUGCUGACCGAGGGCUCCCGGCGCCACAGACACAUCCGCAGGUUCAUUAAGGCCCAGGUGCUCCCCCCGCUGAAGGAGGCCAAGGUGCGGCCGGAGAUCGGCACCACGAUCCGGAACAAGCUGGUGCGCCUGAUGACCCACGUGGACAUGGGCGUGAAGCAGGGGGCCGCCGAGUUCCUCUUCGUCCUCUGCAAGGAGAGCGUGGACAACCUGUUAAAGUACACCGGCUACGGCAACGCGGCUGGACACCUGGUGGCCAAAGGCCUGCUGGCCGGGGGGCGUGGAGAGACCAAGUACUCUGACGACGAGGACAGCGACACAGAGGAGUACAAAAGUGUUAAACCCUUAAUCAACCCCAUCACCGGACAUGUCGAGGAGCCCAUGCCUAACCCCAUGGAGGAGAUGACGGAGGAGCAGAAGGAGUACGAGGCCCAGAAGAUGGUCAUCAUGUUGGACGAGCUGAUCAGGAAGGGGGUGAUCCAGCCCAUGGGGGUCAGGAAGGACUGCACCGUGGCCCCCCUGGAGGAGACCCUGCGCCAGCACACCCACGAGAGCUCCGGCUCUGACACAGACUAGCCCCCCCCCCGUUUCCUAGGAUACUUCAAUUAGACCGCUGACGUAGGCCCCUGACGAAGGACUUCCUUUCUGCUGGAGCUCUAUUGGCGUCUCUGAAGGUGAUGCCCGACAAACUGCCACCACAUCCCGUCGAAGGAGCCCUGAGCCAACGGCCCACCGCUCCAGCUGACCUCUGUGCACUGCCUUUUACUAAUAUAGUCUUUGUAUCCUUUAAUGGCAUAGAAACCUGUUGCUAUAGUAACAGCCGCAAUUCUGUUGAUCUUGUCGUACGACUGCACACACCGGCCCAGAACGAGGGUGUAUCCGGCCUGCUGAGGGGGUUUGUCGGGCGGUGGGAGCUCCCAGAGCCGUAAGCAGAGGGAGGGAUGCAGCGUGGCACUUCAUGUUCAGGGUCUUCACGUUUAGUUGGUUCCCUCAGUGUGCACCUUCCCCUUGUAAACAUUGUUUAAAGAUGUAGGUAGAACCCCCAUCCUGGUUGCUGCUUUAUGUAGAGCCCGCUGUGGCCGCCAGGAACAUGGCGAAAACUGUUUUGUGAAAAUAUAAAUUGCGAAGAAAAAACACCAAAUUAUGUAGCAUUUGUCAAUAAUAGUAAAUCAGAACUUGCCAUAUUUAUUAACUUAAUGAGUAACAUUGGAUUGUUUUUGCCUUAUCUUGAUUGCUUGCUUAUUUAAUCAUUGUUUUCUUUUGCCACAAUGAGUGUAUAUUCUUUGUUCUGUAUUUGGGAGACGAAUACCUUACUAUUGCUGCAAUAUUGUUGGUUGAACAGAGCUCAAGGUCGCAUGGUCGCCCAUAGCGAUAUGAUGUGGGAGUGUGUUCGCUGAGCAUCCAUAAAGUUAGACAAUGAAUGGAGGAUUCUCUUAACUUAUAAGUAAUGGAUGUGUCACUUGUUGAUCUUUUGGUUGCCUACCUAACACUGUCUGAGUGCAUUUGUAGAGUACACUGCCUUGUUUUGUUACACAUAAAUGGUAUUUUAUAUCGCGUGGAUGAUUCCACUUGUUUUUUUCACCUCUGCAUACCUGAAGUGGAUGCUUAAUAAACGUCAAGGUUUCCCCCAUAGAAAGCAAACAAUUGGAAGAGUCCUAAUGCUUCUGAUGCACAUGUUGCAGACUAACCACUUUUUCACCGCUUCUCUUGCAAUGUUAUUAAAGCCAGAAAGAAGGAAUCGAUUGUCAUUAAAGUUAACCAGCAGA